UGUUUCACAUAUAUUUUGUCUCCACUAUGGUGUUGUCUGUAUAUAUACUUAAAAAACGAUAGGAAUGCAAACAUUUGGAUGUACUGUGGUGUUUAUGUGCAAACAUGCUUUACUCUUAAGAUAGAUGGAUGGGUAUAGGCAUUUUGCCUGUACUUUGGUGUUUGAUUGAUGAUAAAUGUUUGAAUGUUUUGGAACGAAUGUUUGAAUGUUUUGUGGAAUUUUUGUAAUGGUGGAUUGUUUUUAACUUUUGAGUCUAUCAUAAUUAAAGUGACAAAAACAAGUACACCUCAUUGAAGGCGGUGUAUAUCUAGGAAUUCAUAUUUGGUUUUGUGUGGAUUGAACUAGGUAACAUAUACUGCAGCCAAUGAAGAGAUUCUAAGAAGAAUAUGUUUAGAGCAGGAUUGCCAUUGUCUAUGGCGAGAGGAGAAAGCAUGAAUAACUUUGGAAUGGGGAUGGGCAGUUAUGCCGGACAGGGAUCAAGGCUUUUCUUCACAUCAUCUCAGUGGCAGGAGCUUGAACACCAGGCUUUGAUUUUCAAGUACAUGGCUGCUGGUAUACCAGUGCCCUCUGACCUGCUUUUGCCCAUUCGGAAGAGCCUCACUGAAUUGAAUGGUUUAUCAGCUCUCUCUGCUCCCCGUUAUCCCACCUUGGGGUGGAGCUCUUUCAAUUUGAGAUUUGCAAACAAUACGGAUCCGGAGCCUGGGAGAUGCCGCAGGACAGAUGGAAAGAAAUGGCGUUGUUCCAGAGAUGUUGCUCCGGACCAGAAAUAUUGUGAGCGGCACAUGCACAGAGGCCGGCCCCGUUCAAGAAAGCUCGUGGAAGGUCAGAUUGGUACCAGUAAUAGUAGUAGUAACAGUAAAACUAGUAGCAAUUAUACUGCUACUCUGGGAGGGCACGAUUCCUCUUCUGCUCUAGGUUCCUCCAUAAGCCUGGCAUCUGGUCGCAGAAGCACUGGUAGUACAAGUUUUACCAGUCUGCAUCCCCCAUUCUCGAUUAACAGUCAUACUGCAAAUUCUACCAUGGGAAUGAGGGCUUUCAAUGGAAGUGGAGGAGGAAUGCCCAUUACUGGUGGUGGUGGUGGUGUUUCUAGCAGCCGGCUUAACAAGCCCCCGUUGCACAUGAUUUCUGUUGGUGGUGGUGGUGCAUCCGCAAUGUCCAACAAGGACUACAGAUACAUGAACUGGAUGAAAGGAGAUGUGGAUGAACAGAUGCUCUUUUCAGAAGGAAAAGGCCUGGGUCAGGAUUCUCACCAUGCCAUGAGCAGUCUGGCUAUGCUUUCAUCAGUGAACACAGACCCCAAACUUAACAACUCCAUGUUGCAAUACUCUUCUCCACAACUGCGUACAAUACUUGGCCAAGACUUUUGCCUUAUGCCUGACACCAAUCAGAUGAACUUGCAAUUACAAGAGCAGCAGCGACAGCAGCAUCAACAACACCAUCAUUCCUUUUUAAGCACUGGCUUUGGGAAUGACCAGUCCUCAGAGGGACAACCCCUGAGACACUUCUUUGAUGACUGGCCACGUACAACCAGAGACCCAACAACUAUUUCUUGGUCUGAUAUGGAAGAAAGAUCCUCAAACAGCACACAGCUUUCCAUAUCCCUUCCCAUGACCAUAUCUGAUUUCCCCACUUCACCCAGGGGAAAAAUGUCCCUGUCCUCCCUCAAAUUGUCGAUGUCAGCUGCCAGAUCAUCAACUGAGGAAGACCCACUGGAUCCAACUCAAAUGGGUCUUGGCGUAGGCAUGGGGCUAGGCCUUCUGAAUGAAGACAGGCACAGACAGACCAGUAAUUGGAUCCCUGUGACAUGGCAAAGUCCAGUGGGAGGACCUCUUGCAGAAGUUUUACAGUCUAGUACUACUAAUGCAGGUGGAACCCCUGGAGGUGGGUCAAAGUCAUCUGGGCUUAAUUUGAUGGGCGAUCGAUGGGAACUGAGCCCUCGUGGCAGCCCAAGAAUGGCAUCCCCAACUGGUGUUUUGCAGAAAACCUUGGCUUCUCUGUCUGAUAGCAGCAGCGGGAGCAGCCCUCGAGCAGUUGCAGCAGCAGCAGCUGCCAAACAUGAGAUGUCUCUGCAACAGAAUCUUGGAGGAAUGUAGCUCAGUAUGGAAUUAGAAUCGUAAAGCCUUGUUUCCAAAUGGACAGGCAUGCUCUGAGGGCGCAUCAUACUUUGCUUUAUGAUUUGAUUUUAUCUGUUCAGAAAAUUUAUAGUUUUUCUGCUUAGAAACUGCUGGAUUGUAGUUUGUUUGUCGGAUCUUCUAAAUUUUAGUUUCAGAUGCCAAGCAAUUUCAAAAACUUUUGAUGCACAUAGAUUGGUUGGAUUGGAAAUGAA